AUGACCGAGGGCGUCGCCGGCGAUGACACUAGGCGAUUGUACGGCAACGCUUUUGCGGGGUCGACGAGCGAUGGCUGGGGGUACUCUUGCCAAGGUCCUAGGGAGGUCAUCCCCAUCGUCGCCGGCGAAGUCAGUGCACGAGGCAUAGAGACAGGUGAGCCUUCUGAGACCCAACGUGGGCUUUGUGUGCUGGACAGAUGCGGUCGUAGAAGGGGUCGUACAGGAAAAUUAGCAUCACAUUUCCUGCUUGCCUCUUGCGACCUUGACGAGAUCAACAAGCUAACCCUAGCCGCCACUCCCUCCUCUGUUCAUCCCUCGUACGUGCAAGUCGUGCAUGCGGGCAUGGUGUCACCAGGUGUAGGCGGGGUGGGCAAUGAUGGGGCUGGCGUUGGAGGAAGAGGUUAUGGAACCGGCCGCGGUGGAAGGCGCACAGGCGGUGGAGGUGGUGCUGCGCGCGGUGGCCGACAUGGAUACAGCGUCAGCCUUGUGUACCAGGAGGUAUCGUCACAGCAACCUAUGCCAAACCCUCAGAUCCCGACGCGACAACUUGUGAAUCAGCAGCAGUACAUGUCGCAAGCUCCUCCAGUGAUGACCAUGUCGUCUACGGCUUUGCCGGGGAUGGGGAUCAAUCAACAGCAAGGUGUUAUUGUGGAUCCGCAGCAGCUGAAAGGAACGGGUACAGGUGCAGAGCAAGGUGUUAAUGCUGGAUCUCAAAUUCUAAAGGGUUCUUCUUCGGCAGGUGGACCAACUGAUGUGCAGGUUGAAAAUUCAGUGGGUGAUCUAGCAAAGAUGACAAGGUUCAAUGCAGAAAUGAAAGAAGGCGUGAUGACUCUCAAAUUUCAAGAAUUCAAGGAAGAUGAGGAAUAUUUCGGUCAUGCUCUGCCAGUGGUGUGGAUGAGAGUCUUAAAUCUUCUGACAAUUUUAAGGGAGUAUUUGGUUUUGUGGGCUUUGGGAACUCUUUUUGGAGUUACUCAAGAUGUGGACAUGGUGACAACUAGAGCGAGUAGCUUUGGAAGGUUUGCAGUGGCAGUACUAGAUCUGGAGGCAAUUCCAACCAACCUAGAUGUCAUUAUUGGUAAUCAAUACUUUCAGUUACUUUUCGAAGUUGAACCUUAUUUACCAAACAUCAGGCUCCGAAGCAUUUGGAACACCAAGAAUAAUGGGAAUGAAGAUCAUGGUAGUGGGGCACCAAAGGACAGUGAGAUGGAGGAGGCACAAAAUCAUGGCAAGGUUAUCAACUCAGGUGCAAGUGCAGCAAGUGCAGUAGUUAGUAGCAAUUCAGGAAAAGAAGCAAAUAAUCCAGAAGUACAUAUGGAUGUUGAUCUUGAAGAGUAUGAUUUAUUAGAUGAGGAGAAUGAUCUGAGUGAUGCGGUACGUGAUUUUGUGGGAGUCAAGAAAGGUCAUUUGGUGGAUGUGCGAGUAGCAGCUUCUCUGGUACCUUCAGGAUCCUCAGCUCCAGCGCGUAUGCAGCAAAGUUCAUCACAGUUAUCAAGGUCGGGUGGCAAGUUGGUCUCAGGAAAUUUAUUGAAAGGGAAGGAGAAGGGGCAGCAGCAGCCGCCUUUGGCAGGGAUACAGGCGUCGACCGGUUUGGGGGCUGCUAGUUGGGGUUCGCAAAAAAUUCAUAACCAGCAGCCUUCCACACUAGUUGGAGAAUCAUUUGAGGCAAGCAAGCGGAAUGCGGACGUGGCUGAUGUACACUCUCUGGAGAAGGCAGAAAAAAGAGUUGCCAUCAAAAAUCUCGAGGAUCCCCAAGAUGUAGAACAAGAGAGAUUGAAACCUUCGUAUGUUGGUAAUUCAAUUGAUAAAGAAUGUGAAUCAGAGGAGGAUGAGGUCGAUCCUGAUACUUCUACCAUCGAUCGACUCUGUGGUGACUUGACGGAGGAGGUGAUGGAUGAUAGUAAUGUGAGCGUUGAUGGAGUACUUGUUGACAUACCCAUCAAGGUGGCAAAAAAUAAAAAGUUUAAUAAACUCCUUAAUAGGAAGGCGUCUGCAAAGAAAAAAUUGUUCCAAUGA